UUUGUGUAUAUAAAGAGACAGCAACACCUGACCCCCUCAAGGCCUCACAACCUACCUGCACCUUCUUCCCAAUGGAGAACUCAGGCGAAGACCUCUCUUCCACGGCCAACCACUUCUUCUCUUCCGGCGACGGCAGCGCCGCCGCCUCCGAGGAGAGCGGCUGGACGUCGUACAUCGACUACUUCAUGGAGAUGCAGCAGCGAAAGAAAGGGGAGGCGAGCCUUGCUGCUGGUGCUCUCUCAACUGACGACGAUGUUGGACGAUGCCGUUCUUCAUCGGAUCACAGUGGUGAUUGUGGAUUAGGAGCCUUCACAUGGCUGCCGGCGCUCGUCGAGCCGUCGGUGGUGUCGAGAAGGUUGAGCCUCAAGGAGGGUUGGAGGAGGAAGAAGAAGAUCAUGUAUGAUGAGUCAUUGGAAGAUACUGCCACAUCUCCUAUCAGUAGCCCUAAGUUGAUCGAGUUGAGGGACUCUGAUGCCAACCACCAGAGGAAAGGGAAUUCUUGUGAUGAGGUUUCACAUUCUAAGUUUGACCUUCAAGUCACAUAAAAGAGCAGCAUUUAAGAAAAAAAAAGCUAAAUCUCACUUUGGUGUACGUUAUCCUGAAUUUAUAGAAGAAUACAACUGGUGGCGAUGUAAAUGGAGCAAAUGCAACAACAGACACGACAAUCAAAGAAGAUGGUGCGUAUGACAACAACGAGCUGAGGAAGAAAGGGCUUUCCUUGGUCCCAGUGUCUGUUUUUCAUGUAUAGCUGAUUGAUCCCAUUAAACUCAUUGGUUGCUACCUGCUUGUACAUAUAUAUGGUAAUAAGGUAGCAUCAACCCUAUCACAAAUAAUGUACAUGUACACACACUUGCACAUAUGAAAAGAAGGUAGAUAGUCUUGUGACCAAGGUGUGGGGCAGCUUGUGAACGUUAGUCUGUUCCUGUUCAUGAAAGGGUACAAAGUUCACAUGUGAAAAGGCACAAACUAAGGAUUUAGUGUUAGGUGAGGCAUCACAAUGGUGUGUUAGAUAUGGGGUCUAUUCCAUCUUGUGAAGGUUAGUUAUUCUGUUCAUGUAUGAGCUAGUUGUUGAUCUAUCUGUUCCUUCCUCA